AUGGCAAAACCUACAGAGCAUAUAUCAAUUCAUAUGCCAAAAUAUGAGACAACACCAAUUCAUUUUGAUACCCCAACAUUUGGUGUUGCAGUUGAUAUUGCUGAUAUACAAAAUUAUAUUCGUGAGAGAGCAGAAAAAAAUUUAGAACAAUGUAAAUCAUUUGAAAUAUCAUUACCACCAUCAAUUACUGGUAUAACUAGUGAAUCGAAUAAAAUUGAAUUUAAAUCAUUAUUUCAAACUCCAACAUUAAAUGAACUUGAAAUUGUGUCAACUAAUCCAGAUGGAUCAUCGUUGAGGUUAAAUGAAGAACAACUUAAAGCAGUUAAACAAACAGGAGAAUUUGAAGUGAAUAGUAUUCAUUUUUCUGGUCAACGUCAUCGAUGGAGAUUAAGUAAAUUACUUCAAUCGGGCAUUCAAACAGCUAAUGAAGUGCUGUAUAAAGAAUUAUCAUGGGCAGUUUAUAUGUUAAUAAUAUUUGCUCAAGAUCGUGUUUUUUCGAAUUGUUUUAGCUUUAAAGCAACUUUACGAUCAUGGAAACAAGGCUUUGUUAGUUUAAUUGAUGCCCUUAUUGGAUUACCUGCCGUUUUUUCAAGUGGUGUCGAUUUACAAAUAGAAAAUGAACGAAACAAAUUUUUAGUUAUUGAACUUUCACCACAUGAAAGUGAAAAAGAAAUGCAUGAUGCAUUUUGUGCACAAAUACCAAUUUUAUUAGAAAUGAUGAUUGAAUAUAACAAAUAUACACUUCGUCAAGAUCAGCUUGGAGUAGAACACAGUGAAAAGACUUAUGUUGAACAUGAAACAUAA